AUGCGUUCCGCCUUCUUGUUGAGUGCCGUCUGCGCCGCCGGUGUCCUGGCCAACCCCGUGGACAAGCGCGCGGUCGUGACUGACGUGACGGUUGUGACCGUCACCGACUAUGUGACCCUCGACACCACCCAGACCACGACCACCACGGAGGUCCCAGUCGUGACCGUGACCGAGACCCCCGUAGCGGCCGAGAACUACGUGACCACGGUUGAUGUUGAUGCCGUGGAUCCCACCUCCACCUCUUCUGCCGCUGCCGUCGUGGUUGAGACGACCACCUCUGCCAUCUCCUCGGCGGAACCUACGUCGACCCCAAUUGUGCUGGAGGUCUCGACCUCCUCGACCUCCACUUCGACUUCUUCGGCUGCUAGCUCGACCCUAGUCACCUCUACCAGCGCUGCCGCCAGCUCUACCGCCACCAGCACCUACCAGGAGGCGGUGCUUUACAACCACAACAUCCACCGCAGCAACCACUCGGCCAACUCUGUGACCUGGUCGUCCAGCCUGGAGGCCAGCGCCCGCGUGCUGGCUGAGACCUGCGUGUAUGAGCACGACACCUCGAUUGACGGUGGCGGCUACGGCCAAAACAUCGGCUACGGUGUGAGCGCGGACAACAUUGGCGAGAUGCUUACCGACCUGAUGUACAAUGACGAGUUCGGCUACUUCGAGGGCCUGUACGGCGAGGCCGACCCCUCCAUGACCUACUUCGACAACUGGGGCCACUUUUCGCAGAUCGUGUGGAAGGCUACCACCGAGGUCGCCUGCGUGACCGUCACCUGCGACACUCUCGGAAAUGUUGACGCCGACGAAGCUCUGCCCUUCACCGUCUGCAACUACUACCCGGCGGGUAACUACGAUGGAGAAUACGCCGACAACGUGGGCGAGCCUCUGGGCCAGCCUUACUACUCCGUCGCUUAA